AUGGAAGUAAAGGCAGACGAAAAGAAGAAGAAGGAGAACAAGAAGAAGAAGAGGAAGCAGCAGUUUGACUACGUCAUUAACGUGCACCGUGACGUCAGCAUACGCGCCGCUGUGUUUUCUAACGCCGGGCUGCUGCCACCGAAUCCGUCUGUUGCAAACGCGAAUAUUUUAAAGUUCCAACGAUGCACAGCUGAAAACAUGCCAAAGUCUGUGAAAAAGGCCGGCACCACGCAGACUUCCAUUAGCAGCUACUUCGGGGGGCUGAGCAGCAGAAAGCCCGCGGAGCGCCAGCAUUCCAGAGGCAAACAGAAACUGUCCCCUGUUGAUAAUACAUUGUUGCCUCCAAAAAGAGCCAAACUAUCUCUGAACGACCAGGAGCAUGAGGGUCUGGAGGUUGACCCAACACCCUGUCAGAGGGUCAGCGAGACCAGCCCCCCGUCGUGCCGAGGAGGAGCAGGAGGAACCCUCAGCUCCUCCACACUGGAGAAGCUGAAAGGCUUCAGCUGCGUGGCUGAGCACAAUGUCCAGCACGGUGAUGUCCACGAGGACACGGAGACAGAUGGCGUAAGCAGUAAAGUCUGUGACCAGAGAUACGGCGCUUUGCCUCCAUCUGGAGUUCCACACCAACACAAAUCUCCAGACAAAAUAAGUCACUCAGAGGAGAAGCGUGAGGAUGGAAAGACAGUCACCAAAGAGACGGAAGAUGUAGGACAAGCUAAUAAGAUACAGGUGCCCAGUUUGUCUCAGUUUGCCAAGCCAGCAGGAGUGGUGGGAAGGGGGGGGGAGCCGAGUCCCCCAUCAGACUCCAGCAAUCCCUCCAGACGCUCGAAGAGCGUUUACACUCCACUGGAGCAGCAGGUCAUCCAGCUCAAACAGCAGCAUAAGGACGCCUUGUUGGCCAUCGAGUGUGGCUACAAGUACAGGUUCUUUGGAGAGGAUGCAGAGGUCGCUGCAAAGGAGCUUAAUAUAUUCUGUCACCUGGAUCAUAACUUCAUGACUUGCAGCAUUCCCACACACCGCCUGUUUGUUCAUGUCAGGCGUUUAGUUUCUCAUGGACACAAGGUCGGUGUGGUUAAGCAGACGGAGACAUCAGCGAUCAAGGCUUCAGGGGCCAAUAGAAACUCUCUGUUCACUCGUCAGCUCAGUGCCCUGUACACCAAGUCCACUCUGGUGGGGGAGGGUAUCCUUACGGACGAUGUGAACCCAGUUUGCAGACUUGAGGAUGUGGAGGAGGGGGGCUGUGGCGACGUGGUGGCCGACCCUCCCGACAGCUACCUGCUGUGCAUCAGUGAGAGCUGGGACAAGCAGAGGAAGCAGCUCACUGUGGGGCUUGUGGCGGUUCAGCCCAGCACUGGAGACGUGCUGCUGGACUGCUUCCCUGAAGGUCCUACCCGCGCCGAGUUAGAGAGCCGCAUCCUAAAGAUCAACCCUGUGGAGAUUGUGGUGCCCUCUGACCUCUCAGAACAAACUCACAGACUCCUGCUCAGCAUCUGUAAUGCAAGCGCUCAAGCGGACGACCGGGUGAGAGUUGAGCGGAGGGACAGCGCUCAGUUCGAGUUUGCCUCCGCAAUGAACACCGUCACCGAAUUCUACUGCUCCUCUCAGGAGAAAGAUUCGCGCUCUCUAGCGAGCGUCACGUCCUUUGAGAGCCCGGUGAUCUGUUGUCUGGGGCCGCUCAUCCAAUACCUCCAAGAUUUUACCCUGGAGCGCGUUCUGAGAAGCGAGAGCUCAUUCCGGCUUCUGUCUUGUGAGUCAGAAGGUAUGACCCUCAACGCUGCCACUCUCAGGAACCUGGAAAUACUCAAAAAUCAGACAGAUGGACAUUUGAAGGGAAGUCUGCUGUGGGUGCUGGACCACACUCUCACUCCGUUUGGAAGGAGACUGAUGAGGAAGUGGGUGAGCCAGCCUCUCACAGACCUGCAGUCUAUCUCUGAGAGACAGGACGCUGUGCAGGAAAUCAUGGACUCUGGCUGUCUCACUUUAAGCUCCAUCAGAUCUCUGCUGUCACAUCUGCCCGAUCUGGAGAGAGGCAUCUGCAGUAUAUACCACAAAAAGUCCUCCACACAGGAAUUUUACCUCAUUAGUAGCAGUCUCUCUCGCCUGGGGCUGGAACUACAGGCUCUCCUCCCAGCCAUUCGGUCACAGAUCAGCUCAGUGCUGCUACGGAGCCUCUUACUUGACACCCCUGACCUGCUGGCUCCAGCCCACAGCUUCCUCAAAGUGCUUAACGAAAAGGCAGCCAAGUUGGGGAACAAGACGGAGCUCUUCUCCGAUCUGUCUGGUUUUCCGGUGCUACAGGAAAGAACAAAGGAGAUCCAGACUGUGCUUUGUGAGAUUCAGGAGCACCGCAAAGACAUCCGACUAACGCUGAAGGCCCCAGCGCUCGACUACACAACCGUCUCAGGGCUAGAGUUUUUGAUUGAGGUGAAGAACUCGCUGUCAUCCAUUGUUCCACAUGACUGGGUCAAAGUCAGCAGCACAAAGGCUGUUGGCAGGUAUCACUCCCCUUUUCUGGUGGAGCGCUACAAGAAGCUGCAGCAGCUUCGGGAGCAGCUGCUGCUGGACUGCCAGAGGGAGUGGACCAAUUUUCUGGAUCAGUUUGGGGAACAUUACCACACCAUGAAAAAGGCUAUUAGUCACCUAGCAACCAUGGACUGUCUCUUUUCAUUGGCUGAGGUGGCUAAACAGGGAGAGUAUUGCAGACCAGAAGUGUGUGAAAAUCGACACCAGAUAAUGAUCAGGGAUGGCAGACAUCCAGCAAUAGAUUUGCUGAUGGGCGAACAGAACCAGUAUGUCCCGAACCACACCGAACUACAGGGUGAUGGCAAGAGAAUUAUGAUAAUCACUGGACCCAAUAUGGGGGGGAAGAGCUCCUACAUCCGCCAGGUUGCUCUUAUCUGUAUUAUGGCUCAGAUGGGCUCCUAUGUUCCAGCUUCUGAGGCCUGUCUGGGUGUACUAGAUGGCAUUUACACCAGGAUGGGGGCUUCAGACAACAUCUACAAAGGGCGUAGCACAUUCAUGGAAGAGCUGACGGAGGCCUCUGAGAUUAUUUCCAGAGCAACAAAGCGCUCGCUGGUCAUCCUUGACGAAUUGGGGCGGGGUACAAGCACUCAUGAUGGAAUUGCAAUUGCCUACGCCACACUGGAGUACUUCAUCAGAGAUGUAAAAGCACUUACCCUGUUUGUGACCCAUUAUCCUCCUCUGUGUGAAUUGGAGCAGACGUAUCCUGAACAUGUCUCUAACUACCACAUGGCAUUCUUACUCAACGAGCCAGACGUUUGUACUGACACAGACGAUGGAGAGGUUCAGCCAGAGUUCAUCACCUUUCUUUACCAGCUAACUGAAGGAGCUGCAGGCCGGAGCUACGGCCUCAAUGUCGCCCGUUUGGCCAGCAUUCCAGAUUCCAUACUGCACACUGCUGCCCGCAAAGCCAGAGAGCUGGAGACCAUAGUCAAUGCUAGGAGGAGGUAUAAGAAACUUCUUUUAGAUCUUUGGAGCAUCUCAGACAAGUUGUCCCUCAGAAAGUGGCUGGAAUUAAAUUCCUGACAUCAGCAACACUGACCAUCGCCAUCAGAUCACAUAGGAAUCGGCAAAAAAUUAUGUUCAGCGAAGAAUCUACAUGCAGACGGUUGAUAAUAUGUGGUUUGUGAAAAGAAUUUUAACCAAGUCAGAUUCAGCUUUCUAUCAUUAUCUGUACUGUAGUCAUGAUGGCGACUUCAGUGAAUAUAAACGCAUAAUGUUUUACCUGCCAUCUGUGUCCGGACAUUGAAUAAAGAAAAAUUUCA